GUGUGAUUGCCGAUCUCAGCGCGCGCAGUGUUUUCAACCAUUAAGUAAACGGGCAGACUGGCUGAAAGGCAUAUACAAGUAGCUCAGACUCGGAUCCAGUAAAAGUAUAGCCGAUACCGAAAUGGACGGGAAAGGGAAUAAUCGAGGGGCAUUCGUUACGGCCAUAGCUAUUAUCAUCAUAAUCAUCAUCACGGCUGUCAUCACAGCUGUGAUAUGUACGCAGAAUAAUAAGAGUGACCAAGUUGUUCAGUGUACCCCAACUUUAGCUUCAAGUGUUGACCAGGAAAUGACCACAACCCAGCCCCCAACGAUGACGACGACAACAUUUGGGCCCGCAGUCAUAGGAAAUUUUGAAGGGACGUUCGUCAUGGACAAAGCCUAUGGCACUUACUUGAACGAUGGCCGAGCCCCGGCAACAACUGCCUUCUUCCGAAAUUUCACAGGAGCGAUGGAUGAGGUAUAUAAUGUCACCAGUGCGGCAAAGUACCUGUACCAACAAACUUUUGUGACCCAGUUGGUGCAAAAUGGAACCUACGUGCAGGUGAGGUUCACAGUGGAGCUAAACGCCAUAAACCGAGGGGGCAGAGAUUACCUGGUCAACACGCUAGGAUCCUUCCCGUCAAAUGCACUGAAUACGUACGACGUGCUCUAUGCAAACAUCGGACCUGAGAAAGACCCCUCAACAGGUGCUUAGAGGGAGUCCCUAUCAUUAUUUUAGUCAUCGAUGGGCCUCCUGCAUCUCUUGCAAGGGCUAUGGGGCUGGGUUGAAAUUGUCUGUUUGGAGCCAGAAUGGCGUUAACUCUUACACUUUAUUACACAAUAUAAUGCUCUUUUGCAGGGUGUCAACACUUACACUUUAACACAGAUGUCCUGCCCUUCCUAUAUUCUCUUAACAUGAAUUCAACAAUCUCUACCGCAGGCUUAAAUUGAAUGCCAAAAUAGAAAGUAUGCAGGAAAAAUUUUUGGUCACCCUGAUUGAGCUAAAUAAUAUGAAGACACAGAUGUAAUGCACUUCUGCAGGGUGUCAACACUAAAUGCAGCCCAGAACACAUGGACGCCCAAAUUCUAAGUUUGAUCCCCCCCGCCUGAAAUUUGACAUUUUUACAUGAGGCUCAUGCAUACAAACAACCUGAAGCCCCCUUCCCCAAAAAACUUGUUUACUGUAGAGCUGUGCCUCAUGGCUUCAAACAGACAAUAUCAACUUGCAUUUGAUUUGUGGAAUUGCAUUUCAUUUCAACUGUUCAUGCCAGAUGUUAGUAAUCUCAAUAAUGCAUUUGAAAAAUCUGAUUUACGGAACAUCAGAACGAUCCAAUUGGGCAAAUGAUGCAAGCUUUUGCUGCGGAUAUGCCUGAAAUUGGGUACAUUGUAUUUGAUGUUGCCCUCUUAAGAUAAAAGAUCCUUUAACAUUGAUUAACUGGCAGUACAUGUGUAUUUGUGUUUUUGGUUGAAACACAGGAAAAAAAAAGAAGAAAAAAACAUGACCACAUAGACUGUUGCACAUAUAAACACAAGGGCAAUUUCAUCUCUAACGUAUAGGUAUGCUAUAGAAAUCAUAUCGUGAUUACAUAAUACAUCAUUGUAAAUAUGUUCGGACAGCUGACUAGGUUAAUGAUAUUGCCUUAGGUUGAUUUCUCGCAAUUGUCUUUACAAUCUCAUUUGAUAAUUAUAGGAACAUGAAGUUCUGACUCUGGUUCUGUGCACAGCAGUUUCUGUUAUUCAUUAUUUUCGUCAUACUCCUUAUCUGUUAGCUCAUUGAAUGCUGGGUACAGCUUUUUGGGGUUGAUUUUGUAAAUUAUUGUUAUCCACAAAUCGUAAUCCUAAUCUGGUACACUCUUAAGUUUUUUUUUACAAAAUUAGUCUUAGGAGAAAUAUGAAAAAUUUAGUGGCUCUGUGUGUUGUUCUAAUUAAAUUAUGGUGUGUAUUAUAAGGUCUUUUAUAUGCAUGUAGUACUGCGUUAUAUUCAUCUGUAGGUUAAUGUGAUUGUAAAAAAAAAAACGGACAUUACUUUCCAUCUUUAAAAAAAUAAUUUCUUAACGGUUUGAAAAGAGCUCGAACAUGCUGUAUUAUCAAUAAGUGUAAUUAUGUAGUAGUAUAGGUAAGCCUUGUUGAAAACUCGAUUCAAAUUUACAUACCUGUAUGUGGUUUAUUAUCUGGAAUGUAUAUGUAUUUGAUUGAGCGUAUAAAUAUAAACGGAUGUUUAAACAUU